AUGGUCCUCUUUUUGACCUGGUUGGCGCUCGAUGCGCCGCUAGUGAGAGGGCAAUCAUCAGCAUCGACCCCAACGGUGUCUUGGUCCGCUCGCCCGACCUACACAGCCUGCACAAAGCAGCCUGUCAGCUGGACGGUAAACGGUAAACCGGACCAGAAUAUCAAUCUCUACAUCAUCGCCGAAGGCAGCAACGCGGCUCCGACGUCAGGCGACACCGCCAGCUCUUCCGUAGGAACUGCUGGAGCCGCAGAUAGUAACUCCUCAGCUGGACUGUCGCCGUCUGGGUCUGCAACCGACGGCGUCGAUACGAGCAGCUCCUCGGGAACUAGCGCAGCACCAACACCUUCCGGCAGCCAACCACCGCAAACGUCUCCGACUUCGCAGCAACCUACAUCAGCCAGUUCUGGAGCUUCAUCUGGAUCAACGCCGCAGCAAGCGCAGCAGCAGUCGAAUGGAGUUGUUCAAGAGCAGCAGCAACCACAACAGCCGAGCGAGAACCCCCAGCAGCAGCAGCAGCCUCAAAACUCGCAAGCACCAGCGGACAAUGGAGACCAGACUCAGUCCCAGGGCGUCCCUCAGGAGCAGCAGCAGCAGCCGACAAACGAGGCGACCCCGCAACAGCAGCAGCCUACCGACAAUGGGCAGCCGCAAAACGGCGAGAGUCCCCCGCAGCAGCCGACACCGACCCCAGACCAGCAGCAGCAGCAGGACGGCCAACAGCAACAACAGGGCGGGCAGCAGCAGCAACCGGACAGCCAGCAGCAGCAACAACCGCAAGAAUCGCGAGGAGUUGAGGGGUCAUCGCCGACAGACAUCACCUUCUGGAAUGCAGUCACGACGCCGGCCUCUUCCCCAGCAGCAUGGGGCACCGAAAAGGACAUUGAGACUGUCACGUCUGCUCCCAACGCCGCAGCCACCGACAGCCCACUGCCACCAGAAAGCUCCAACGCCGUCGAGAAUGCAUCAACCACCGAGAGCGCACCUGCCACGGAAAGCACGACUUCAACCGAAAGCGCAUCGACGUCGACAGGCGAUUCACCACCUGCCGAACCUAGUGCGAAUGAAGCUUCUUCCGAGGCACCGGAUCCUGGUGUUUCAUCAGCAGCCCCUCCGCAAAAACGCAGUCCCGGCAUGACAGUGAUCAGCAACGUCGUCGGCAACGAGUUCAACUGGUUGACCAACGUGCCGCCGGGGCGGUACCGCUUCGCUGCGACGCUGCCAAACGAGGACGUGAACCAGAUCAUCAGUACGAGCGAUGUGUUCACGGUUGUCGCGGGUUCCGACUCGAGUUGCAUUAAGGGUAACGGGACGGUUUGGGCGGCCGGCAACAAUCCCGCGGACCAGAAUGCGCAGAAGUCGUCAUCUAAGUCGAACGUCGGAAAGAUCGUGGGCGGUGUUGUUGGGGGCGUUGGUGGAUUCAUCGUGCUCCUCAUCCUCCUGCUGACGUGCUUGGUAUGCUACCGCCGCAAGAAGCGGCGGGCACGCACCAAGCUGCGUGCAGAGGCUUCAAACUUCAGUUUCGACGCCGACUCACCCCAGCCGAUGCGACAGCCAACAUCGCCCAAGCGCCCUGCACCGACAGCGAAUGCGUACGCGAGCGUCCCUGUCUUGACUCCCGGCGUCACGCCGUUGGGAACCCCUAGUGGGACCCCAAGUCUGACACCCAGUCGUAGCCCUCAACCCUCACCCACACCCGGCGCAAUGGGACGUGGUAAGACAUCCGUCGAGCAUCCCAUGAUCACCGGACACACCAGCGACUUUGGACCCGAGAUCAACAACGCGCCUGUUUCCGAUACCCCAUCGCGACCCAUGUCUGGGACGCAUUCAACGGACGGCACAGGAGGCACAAACGGGACGAACGCGCAUGCUAGUGUGGCGUCGCUUGGCACCACGGCUGCCAUGAUUGCAGUUCUUGGGCAAAGAUGGGCGGCCGGCUCGGCCAGUCUGCAAUCCUUGCCCCUCUCAGACCACGGGGUAGACGACUACCUCGCCACGAACUCGCAGACCCCGGCAGAGGCGUACAAGGAGGCUCUGCGCGGCUCGCCCGGUGUGGAGGAGUGGAUGACGCCUGGCGUGCGGACGCCCGCUGGUCCCACGGGUGUACACACCCCUGCCAACCCGCUUGGGGGCUCGCCGUCGAGCUCCAUGACGCCAGCGACCAAGUCAUCGGCGAGCCUCGGACCAGGCGGCCUCAGCAGCCCGGUACACAGCUACGCUUCCUCGCCCGCGAUGCAGAGCAUGGCCUCCCUCGGCAGCCAGUCGAUGAAGCGUCUGUCCGCGAACAGCCAGAAGAGGCUCUCGGCCAACUCGCGACUCGGGAACAGGUACUCGACGCAGUCGCUGAAGCGUCUCUCGGAUUCUCAGCUCAUGACCGUGCCGCAGGACAGCGUCAUCAACCCGACCGCCCCUUCACCUUCCCUCCUUUCGCCCUCAGCUGCGCAUAUCUCGCCGGCUCCAUCGCCGAAGUAUUCUCCGAAUCUUCAGUAUGCGCCGUCGCCCCAGUUCAACCCCUCGCCUCAAAUGGGUCACUCACCAGCUGGCGUCUCGCCACAGAUGGGCCACUCACCAUUGCCGGGACACUCACCAUUGCCCACUCAUUCAGCGCUCCCGGCUCACUCGCCUCAGAUGGGUCAUUCACCUCAGUUUGCCCCUUCGCCUCAGUUCGCGCCAUCGCCUGCCUUCCCAUCUCCGAACUAUGCCCCGAGCGCAAUGCGCCCCGUUGCCCCUGCUCGGGGGUACAGUCUGCAGACGAACGCCUCGGCGAGCUCAUCCCAGUACUGGACCAUGGACAGCGAGAACGGAGAUGCGGUCUCCUUUGGCGGAGCAGCAGACAGUACGCCACGCCUGGCCCCGCCGCCACAGAGAGCCCAGCUGUCGCUACCGUACGGCUCAUCGACGUCGUUCGCGACUGGCUCCUUCGUCAGCGCCUACUCCCAGACGUCGGUGUACUCGCCCUCCCCCGUUAGUGCGCCUUACGGUUCGGCGAUGCUCUCACCAGUCCCCUCAGUGCCUAGUGUUGGUGACGGGACCGCACCGCCCUUCCCGUCCCCGUCGUUCCUCACACUGCCCCAGCCACUGCAGGGCAGACCGAAGAGCAUGCCACUGUCUCCGCAGAGCGACCAUGGGGGCUUCUUCCCUGACCGUAGCGAGCGGGACAUCACCCAGAGCGUCUCCAGCCCUGUGACGCCGGUCACGCCGUACACUCCCUCGGUGCCGCAGGUUCCACAGGUACCGAGUGUGCCGUCGUCGCCGAUUCCGCCGCAGAAGCCGCCUCCAACGGGCCCAUUGCCGGCUACACCGCCCUACCCUCCUUCGCCUGUGGCCGUGCCGCGCAGCGUGAAGCGGAGCAACUCUGCGCGCAACUCGCGCCGCCCCCUCCCGCCCGCGAUGACUGAUGAACUGCGCCAGAUCCUGCGCCAGUCCCAGCAGAAAGCGAGGGAGGAGGACGCACAGCGCGCUUCAGUCCCGCCCGGCGGAAGCCUGGGACGUAACUCGGGCCGGAGCAUUCAGAGCGCCUAUCGCGCACUUGAGGGCAAAGGCUUUGCUUCUGUCGACGGACUGCCUCAGCAUCAGCAGGCAUACCGCGCCCUCGAGGGCAAUGGGGGCAGUCCCAUGGGCACUCCUCCGUUGGGUAAUGGUCAUGGCAACAUGGCAGACAUCAUGAACCAGCACCACCAGAAUCACACGCAGAUGCUCGAUCCCCCGCCCAGCCGCAGGCAGAGGGAGAGCUACAACUCGUUCAAGUCGAGGCAAGAUGCGAACAAGUUUUAA